CUCUAUUCAAAACAGAGCGAUUAAUUAGUUAAGGUUAUACUAAAAAAAAUCUCAUGGAUUUAAUAAUAAAUCGUUACACUUUGCUUACAAUUUGUUAUGAAAACCUUUAUUAAAUGUAAACAACUUUUUCGCAUUCCAAUGUAAACAAAUCAUUAAACUUGUUUCUUAAUUCUUUUGAAGUCACAGUGGUCACCAAAAGAAAGACAAGCCUACACACUCUGUUUUUGAGUGUUAAGAGGGCAAAAUGAUGGAUCCAAGUUUAGGAGAUGACAUAAACGUAUUAACCGAUUCAAGGCAAUCAAAUGCGUGCAAAUUGGAAGAACAAAAUACAAACGUUUUAUGGGAAAACGCCGAGAGUAAAAAUCACAGUUCUGAAACGGCUUCAAAAUCUAGCAAUCCAAGUUACGACACUGACACAAACGUACCAGAGUUUUUUGAAAACAUAAAAAAGCCAAAGAACGAAUUGCAAGCAAUAGAAAGAAACCUUUCACCGGUAUUGAUGACUUCGCCUUGUCGAGAAUCUUUACAGACAGAUAUUUCGAUAGACAAGGAACAUAUUGCAAACGUAAAAGAUCCUUACCCGUUACCAAGCUGGCGGUACUUGGAAAGUGACUUCUACGAAGAAAACACAAACAUAAAAACAGGUCAUGAAGAGACUAUGGAUAGCAUUCAUGAAGAAAUAAUCCGAAUUGCUGGUCAACCAUUUCAACAAAUAGAAAACCAGGAUGAUGUAUGCUAUGGAGAUGUCAUGCAGCAACAACUAAACACCCAUGAUCAUGAUAACGCUUUUUUGAUUGAUCAAAUGUCGAGAGAUUCUGCUUAUAUCGAUAGCUUAUAUCUCAAUCAACGUUUUGAGCAAGAAUCCGACUUCCCAACAGCACACAUGGGUCACAGAAAAACGGGUGCCACAAGACGACGAGUAUUAAGCAACAGGCCAUCACCCUACCUCUCUCCGAAAAAGAAGGGUGAACGUUUUAGCAGCACACCGGUCACCCGAGCAUCAAGUCCUAUUCGUACAAAUCAAAGAGAGCUAUUGUCUUCACCUGUUCACUUUCCAUUUGCCUCAUUGCACAACGAGAUUCUGAACCCUAAUAUUUUGAAAGAAGUAUUGGAACCGGUGAAACAAGACUCCCUCCCGAGAUUUAAAACGCCCAAUGAGACCGUACAUUUACGACCUUGGGAAGUGCCUUCAAGUCCAGUGCGGAUGGAAUUUAUUGAUCCAAAAUGGCUUAACCAACAAGCGUCUGAAGAAAAGCAAGAAUUAUUGGAAAGCUGCAAAGGGAGGGAUUCAAGCCCGGGGGUGUUACGUUCCUCAAACACUGAUUCUGUACUUAUUCCAUUUAAAAAAGAGGAUAAAAUUCAGAUCAUAAAGGUUGAGCCAAUUGCAUGUGAUGAAAGAGCAAGCGUAUGCCCGCAAUUUACCAAAAAAGGAAUAGAGGAGAAUGCAACGCCUAUGUUAUCCAACUCAGGAAUCCGAUCCUUGAGCAUUACCGAGAGUCGUUUUUUCAAACCAGUAGUCAUAAAGUCACUGUUGAUCAAAUACCGAAUUAUGAGACAAGCAAUUGGUGAAGAAAAUCCUCUUUCUUCGAGUUUGGAAGCAUACAACUCGCUUUUGGAUUAUCAACUUCCUUUACCAACGGAAGAAGCACCUUGGGAAACGGACUGGUACAAGGAAAACAAUGAUAUAAUGUGGAAGUAUAGCACAGCUUUGGACUUGUGGAUUCCCGUCCCAAAACCUAACAAGCUUUACACUGAUUAAACAAGGAACGCUGAACAUAAUUUUUUAUCCCAUCGAAUUCAAGACGUAAUAAACCAAGAAAUUAAAUAGCAUUUUUAAAUAUAGCGUUUGCAGAAAAACAUUUUAAGGCUUUCUAGGUUCCAUGUUUUGAAUGUAAGGGGCGAAGACAGUAUCAUGGAAACGCUCAGGCCCACUUACACGGACUUGUUUGUUUAACAAACUAGUCAGCCAGUCUCUCGGUUUUCCACGUUCAUCCAAAUCAUUAUCAAAUCCAGAGACCCUCCGUAAUUCUUGGACUUGUGGCCCUUUGAACCAUUCAAUCAUUUCAACAACAUCUUCUUUUGAACCAUCAAGCAUUUGUAAAUCUUCUAAUGCACAACGAAAGUCCGUAACUUCGCAUUGACGACGCCUACAGAGUUCCGCUUUUUCCAUGGUCAAUUCACUAAGAAGAGCAAUAUAACGAAUUACCACAUCAGUCAAAGAAUCCAAUAAAGAUCGUUUCGUUUUGUCUAUACCUGCUGCACGAAGAGUUUGAGCGCAAACUAUCCUCAUUAAAGAGAAAAAAAGCUCCGAUUUUUGCGACUCCUCCAUUUUUUGCAAGUUGGCUUAAUUUAGGGAAAACAUUGAGAGGAAGAAAAUAAUAAUUAUUUCAACGCUUCAAACGCUUCCAAUAACAGAAAAAAAGCACAGUAUACAAUUCAUGUAAAUUUUACAUAUUGAAAAAGCCUGUCUAAUGUAAAAUUAAUAAAAAAAGUAUCUUUUUUUUCUCAUAAAAGCAAAACCAAUGUAACACAAUUCUUUCAUUUCACUUCCUUUUGUUCAAUUUAAUAUUGAGUGUAAUGUUUAUUAAAAAGCGUCAAAAUGUAGUAAUAUUUGCUAUCUUGUUCGCCCGCGUCGCUCGGAGUACGC